AUGGGGCGGGGAGGGGGCCGGGCGCCCCUCGCGCGGAGCGGGGCUCCCUCGCCGACUCACAGUGCCAUGGACCCAGUCGCCCGGGCUCACGUGCCCACGUCCCCGGAAGGCAACGGCGGCGGCGGUGGCGGCGGAGCCCCUCCCCCGCGGCGGGCUCGGAUAGAAGGGAGUCCCCCAGUCUCCCCCAGUGGCUUAGCCUCCUCGCUGUCACCCAGCCAGUCCUCUCUACUCGGCGCCCCCGCCCCCAAAUCCGUCCUUUCUGCAUCCGCCGCCCCCUCCGACCCGCUCCCCUCCCCCGAUUGGCUCCCGCCCCCCACCCGUCUCCGCCGCAGCCCCCCCUCCCAUACCUGGUUCUGGGGGCGCCAGGAGCUGAAGGGUGGGGAUCAGAGCCUCGAGACCGCCUGGUCUCCGGCAGAUGACAGAUCCGAGGCCAGCGAUAUCGGCCGCCUCACGCCUCUCGGUCCCCGCCGCGUCCCCGCCCGCCCCGCCGCGGUGCCGCUCCGAGGAGGAUGCUCUGAGAGUCAGGGCGGCUGCUCCCGCCGCCGCAUCCCUGCAACACCGACUGACGGCAGCAUCAGCACCAGGGCCCGCCCCCCAGGCACGCGCAUUGGACCACGCAGCGCUGACGGACAAGCUGUGCGGCCAAUGCGAAGGUGCAGAAGCCGCCAGUCCCGCGGCUCCACUGGCCCACCUCCUCCCCCGCGCGGACCCAGGCGUCCCGGCCCCAGGGCAUCCGAGCCCUUCCGCGCCUCUCAGGACUUUAGCCUAGACGUCCAGGUCUCCUAA